AUUUCAUGCUCAUGACAAGCUUGUGGCGUUGCAUUGGUCUUCGCUGAUUGGUGUUUUCUGAACUGAUUGAAAGGAUUUAUAUUAGGGCUUUCUCCAACUGCACGACUGUAAUACUACCCAAAUAAGGAAGCGCAAUGAUUUGGCAACUUUUAGUCUCAGCGCUGCUCUCGUAUUGCCCAAGUCCAGCUCUUGUUCUCUUCCCUAACCAACAUGUGACUCCCAGUUGAUUCUUCUGUUUUGAAAAAUAGCCUUUAAAGAAAUGCACAAUGAGCCACCUCUCAUGCUGCAAAUCUCCUUUCUCCUUCACAUAAAACUUUCUUCAUGGUUGUAUAACUUUACUUCCUAGCUACUUUCGGAGAGCCAUUUGUAGACAUGGCAAUGUGUGUCCAGGGUGCUUCGACUUCCUAUUCAUGUUCUAAACCUUUCCUACUUCAUUGCGAGUCCACAAUUUUGCUGACCAUUCGGCGAGCAGGACGUAGUGUUGAUUCUUGAAUUCCAGAAGAGGAUUGCAAUUUGAUCGUAGGUUGGAUUCUUUUCGUUUUUCAUCUCAUGCUUCUUCUUUGAUUCCAAGUCCAGAAGCUUUGCCAAAAGCUUUGCACUUGUGCGCGGAAUCCGUGUCAUCGGAAAAGUUAUAUUGGCUAUAUAACGUGUUCACUGCUCCAGCAUUUAGAGACUGAUUGCAUGCAAGAUAUUCUCACAUGCUGGUGCAAUUGCCCUAUUAGUCUGCAGUGAUCAUGUAUGUUGUAUGUUGGGCAGUUUUCUUCGCAAUCCUUAGAGUCCCCGACUCCGCUGUUUGAAUCUCUGAAGGGGUUUGUUGUUGGGUUCUUGCGGGCCUACGAACUUCAUCCAGCUUUUGCCUAUUCGAGUGCUCAAUGCUUCUCCAUUGUUGUCUUGAUUGUGGAGCUGAAUGUUCUGACCCCAGGUCGAGGAAUCAUGUGAACUGUGAGUGAAUUUCAAUGGUCAAUGGAAAAUGUAUGCUUAAAGACAUGGUAGCUGUAGUCGUGUCGCUCUCGUUUCCCGCCUUCAGUCUUGAAGGUUUCCUACUUGUGCUACUAGAUGCGAGGCCCCUUUCUGAGGUUAGUAAUUCAACUCAUGUGAGACUUAACACAAACUCGGGCCAGGUCCCGAAGAAUGGUAACUGGCUGCACAUUGUUCUUCAUCAAUUUAGUGUUAAACUAAUGGUCUCGAGAUAGUGUUCACUAGACCAGAUUUUCGUAUGUGGAAGCCAUGAUCUAUGAUGUUGCGUGUAGCACGGUAGUUUCUCCCAUAUUGCAUCAGCUUCUUCUCGUUCCCUAAUCCUCUCCAACUUGAUGUUCAUUCUUCGAUGCCAGUUUACGUGACAGUUAACUAUGGGUAAUUUUGCAGCGCCGAUCAGAUUGCAUUUCUACCGUCACCAAGCAAGGUUUCGACGUCGUUCAGAUGGUGACUUAUUCUUCUCGCAAUCCUUGCAUUUGUGUCAUCUGACAUUGCAAAUGUGAUUAAUGACUGCGUCAAACGAGCCAGAGGGGAGAGUCAUGCACAACUGUACUGGAACGUGAGUCGCGGCGGCUUUUCUGUCCAGCCAGCAACCUGCAAGUCCUGUGUAUGCUUCAGGAUCGAGCAGCUUUGUAGAUUUGUAGCAAAUGAAAAUGAAACCACGAAUUGGAGUGGAUGGUGACAUGGCUGCAGAACCUGCUCAAUGUGGACCAGUACAGGAAGGGCGAGGAGCAAGAGAUAGGGACGACAGAGUCCCAUCACCAGCUGCAGUUGGGCAGAAUAGGGACAGCACGGUAGAAGCCAAUGAGGUUGAAACGGAGGUCUCAGAGGCCGCGAGAAAUCUUCUGAAGCAACAAGUUCAGACCCUCACAGCAAAAGUUGAAGAGAUUGAGAGAAAGAUUGCACUGGUAACCCAAGAAAAGAAUGCUGAAAGUAAAAGCAAAGGAGAGUCAGGAACUGGUUUGAAAGAUCGCGACAAAGGUUGUGGUACCCUCAACAAAAAGCAGCAGUAUCUGCUAGAUAAUAACAGAGGGGAUGUAGCUCGAAGCAAGCGUAAUCAAGAAUUAAUGAAUCAAAUUAGAGGCAUCUGGAGACAGAUAUCUCAGCACAAGUGGGCUUGGCCUUUUUUAAAACCUGUGGAUGUCGAAGGCCUGGGUCUGCACGACUACAACGAUGUAAUUGAGAAACCAAUGGACUUGGGCACAAUAAAGAACAAAAUGGAUGCGAAAGACACUUCAGGCUACCAGCAUGUUCAGGAGGUCUGUGAUGAUAUGCGUUUGGUCUUCUCCAAUGCCAUGACUUAUAAUCCAGAGGGCUCUGACGUACAUGUGAUGUCGAAAACCCUCUCUGACAAGUUUGAGGAAAAAUGGAAGGCUCUUAUAGAACCAAAGUUGCACUUUGAGGAAUCGAAGACUCAGCAGGAAGACAAUGAAGUACAGCUGAAAGAAGCAGGAAUGCAGGUAGUUGAAGAGAUAGACACAAAGAAACUGACAGAACAAUAUUUGCUUCAGUUGGAGGAACUCGAUAAACAGCUAGAAGACCUAAAGCGACAAGCAGCUCCUACGUGCAGGGCGAUGUCAAUCGAGGAGAAAAGGCAUCUGGGACAGAACCUUGGGAAAUUGCCUCCUGAAAAUCUGAGUCACGUCAUACAAAUCAUUGCCCAGAGAAACCCAUCGUUCAAUAUAAAUUCCGACGAAGUUGAAGUUGAUAUUGACGCCCAGGACCCCGCAACACUUUGGAGGUUGCAGCGCUAUGUGCAGGCAGUUCUAAGUGGCUCCGGAGCACGGCAGACCACGGCGAGGAACCAGCCCACCAAGCGCAGCUGCGGUUAUGUACAGAACAAAAAUUCGAGCAAGCGUGGCAAGAAGACCACCACGCCUUGCCAUGGACAACUCUCUCACGUCAUGAAGUACAGCUCAAUACCAGGAUUCUUAUCCCACCAGUAAAACUUUACUUGGUCUCCUGGAAAGAAUAAAGGCAUUUUCUGAGCAUGUUUUUGGUAUAAACAUCUCCACUUUCCUCCCUGCAGCGAGGAACUCAAGACCAUGUGUGAAUGCACAUGCCGACUUACUACAAUGGAAUUAUUAAACUGAUGCACACUAGGGUUCAUUUUUGGAGUGUGAAACUUGAAGAAUGGAAAUCAACAUCAAUCACUGGUAUACUCUUCACUUGUGUAUCGACAUAAAUAUAUAUACAAGUAUGUGUAUCGAUAUACGAUUUAUACUUGCCAUGAAUUUGUGUUCUUAGUUUUGGCACUUCCACCAAUAUAGUGUGUGCUUUGAACCUAAAACCACUUAAACUAUUUGCUUACGUACCUGAGUUCCAGGUUGUAAACUAGAUUCCUUACUGUUUUUUAAUUAAGGUGUGUUUCUUCCCUUAAAAGUGAUCACAGCUACUGUUUCUGCUUUGAAAUAUGCUGAGCGCUUUAAUCCCGACUUAGAACUCUCAAAUGUAAAUCAAUCUCCCAGGGAACGACUGAUGUUCUCAAACCCAUGUUACGUCUCCUAACCUAAACUUUCACGUCGAACCGAGCUAUGAAGAGGUACCAUAGAUUGUGACGUCCAUGGAAAGCACAAAGCAUUAUUGUAGCGGCUGGGAGAUAUAAAGAUAGGUCUCAGCCAGAAUUUGGAAAGUUGAGUGGUGUGAAUGGAAACCAGAAACCUAA